AUGGACGCGUUUGAUGCUAUGAUAAUGGGUUGGUUGACAAUCGCUAUGGAGAAGAAUAUACGAAACAACGUCAAAUAUGCAGGUACAAUAUUGGAGAUGUGGUCAGAUCUGAAUGAGCGUUUUAGGAAGGAAAGUGCUCCUAGGGUGUAUGAAUUAAAACAAAAGAUCGUUGCCACUCAACAAGGUGGUGCCUCUAUAUCAACAUACUUUACCCAAUUGCGAUCCAUAUGGGAUGAAGCUCAAUCCAUAUAUCCCUUGCACAGAUGUUCUUGUAGCAAGUGUGAAUGUGAUGUUGGCAAAAGGAUCCUUAAACAUCAAGAAAAUGAACGUCUUUAUGAAUUUUUGAUGGGGUUAGAUGUUGAAUUCACGGUUAUUAGAACCCAAAUCUUGGCAACAAAACCAGUUCCUUCACUCGGAACAUGGUAUCACAUGGUAGCUGAGGAUGAAAAGAAAAGAGACAUCUCGAAUGAAAAUAUAAAUGCACAGGAAUCAGCUGCAUUUAAGGCCUUUUAA